UCUUGGAAGCACAAAAUGCCGAAUGCACGUUGGAGAUCGAGCCCGCAUUCGUCUCACGAAUCAUGUUUCUCAUAUACGGAACCGAUACCCCACCAGAGUCUAUUGACGAACCACCUUCACCACGGGCACUACAAUGUCCUUUAACUGUGAAGGCAUAACAUCCGACAUGCCAUAUUCUCUGUGGUCAGUGGUAGCUCCCGCCGGCGGAAUGAUGAUUUUGUCAUGCUUGUCAUGCCUGUCAUGCCUGUCAUGGCGUUGGUAUAGGCAUGCAGCGUCCGCACUGGAAGAAAAUCAGAAGGAGCUGUCGGUGUUGAGGUCCGCGCUAGCGCAGAGAGACGCAGAGGUUGUAUCAUUGCGGAGGGCGCUUUCGGAACCAACGCAACAGGCACCGAAAGCACCGUCUCGGAAGGACGGUAUCGAGGUGCAAGCACUGAGACGGCGCAUUUCCGAUCUGAACAAAGAACUAGAGGAAUUCCGUGCUCAUAACCGUGAUUUGACCCUUGAAGUCCAAGCGGGAAGGGAAGAACUGCAUGGACUCGGGGUAAAACUCCAGCAGAGCGACAAGUUGUCACGGGCACGAGCAGAGGAGUUGCGAGUCGCUCAGGUGUUUCUCAGCACGGCAGACCAAUUCUCUGGCUUCGAGAUCAUUCAAGCUGUGGAGGCGCUGAACGAGGAGAUCUCUGGGAUAGCUGCAACACUGGCAGAUGUCUACGAGCAAGCAGAGAUGGGAGUGGAUAAUCCAAUGAUGGAUAUCGCCUAUGGACACCUCGCUGGGAUCCUGGGGGACAUGAUGGCGAGCUUCGUCAAGUCCAAUUCGCAAUACGAAGUCCUUCAGGUUGCUUUUAGUGCUGCUAUUUGCGCACAUGUGGGGCAGAUGGUUAUGUCGUGGUCCAUCAGGAGAGAUACCGGAAAAGAAAAGAGCUGGGACGAAGUAUUCAGCCGUAUUCGGCGGUCAGAGAAGCAGGCUAUCGCGGGGAGAUGGCGUUCCCUAACACAAAAAGCUAUAAUACCGUCGUCCAAGCAUGACGAAGCCGCAAUAGAGGCCAUCGUUACGGAGACCCUCGUCAAUAUCCUCAUCGUUGCUGGCAUAGAUCCAGGUGACAAAAAAGUCGUGGAUAAGCUGGCAAACUCAGGAUUAGCGAAAAAAGUGAUGGAAUUACGUUUUGGUGUAUGGCAGGGUGUUACGUCGUGCGAGAUGCAACCCGUGUACGCUGCUCCAGGUCUUCCAUUCAAUUCCGGGAUGAUGGAGGAUGCUUUGGGCCAAGGGGACUCGGAACGGCAGGAUAGCCAAAAUCGAAUAUGUUGUACCACGGAAUUGGGCCUUGCAGCAGUUGAGAGCCAAGGAGAGGCCAGCAGAACAAGCCCAAAAAUCCUGAAGAAAGCCAAGGUGAUCCUCCUGUCGGGGCUGAACGAGAUCGUGGCAUAGUGGUACAACAAUGUACUUAGUAAACGUAUUUUAGUCGUAUCUGACAGUGAGGACUUACUUUGUAAUUUUGUAUGCACCAACCGACACGGAGGGUUGAGACCGACAGAGCAUGGCUGCCGCUUCGGCGCAUCACGGC